AUGGCUACUGCUAUUUCCGCAAAAUCCGCUGCGCCCGCUGGUAAACUGAAGAGACCCGCGCCUAGCUUGGUCCAAACCGGUGCCAACGGCGUCAAACAUCCACAUCCUUCUCCGUCGCCUCUAAAUUCUAUGACGAGAGCUGGUGUUGCGAAUCAGGCUAUUCCCUCCCCUACAAUGGUCCCGACAGUCGCAAACGGCUUGUCUGGUCGGCUAAUGGCUCGGGCAAGGAAAGAUUUCCAGAGACCCUCUGAUCCCUCGUCAAGGUUGCGCAUAACAACAAGGGCCGGCACUAUAGACGCAAUCAAUGGCGAUAGGCGAUCCGCUACGAGGAUUCCUGAACCGUUUGUUAAAACAUCCUCUUAUAUUCUUAAGAAAUUUGCGAACUAUCCCCCUUCCUUCACAAUUCAUCUUCAUCCGACCCAUUUUCGUUUCGAGCAACAGGACGGAAGCUUUCCGUAUAACUCUGAGAUGAAAGCUAUCAUAGAGCACAUAAAAAAUGGAACCGUUCCCCAUGAUAUGAUGGAGGAGCUUUUAAAAGGUGGUGUCCGAUUUUAUGAAGGCUGUCUCAUUGUCCGCGUUGUUGAUCACAAAUCACUCUCCAAUCAUCCGAAUUCAUCAAAACAAUCCUCCAAAGAAAAGAGCUCUUUGUUCUCAAUUCACAAUUAUAACGAACAUAUCACUCCCUCUCCUUACGUACCUUUCCAAAGUCAAAAAGGACAAACGAAGACCAAUGGAGUGCAACCUUCUUCAUGUCAGUCAGUAGUAGCAUUAAAUAAGGAAAAAGAUGCAAACUCCAAGCCCUCUCUGGAGACGAAUGGAAAUGCGGUAAAGCCGAAAGUUUUUACUACUGUCCUUCAUCCUACCCCUCAAUCGUUACACGCCGAAUUGACUGUUCUAUCUAUCACUCCUGAUCCAAGAGCAUUGCCUCGCCGUCAAUCGCAAGCCUAUAGUGUCCCAAGACCUCCAAAUUCUGCACCUCUUCCAUCCCCAUCCACUCCUCUAACAUCAAAUCAACUAUUACAGGCUGAUCGUGGACCUCCGGCAAAGCGACAGAAGAUGAUGGUAGAGCCUCAUGAAAUGUUGGACUUUGAGGCUAAAAUGAUUCGAGCAACCGCCCCUCCGCUUUAUUUAUCACCGGUGGAUAGUUUUGGUGACAGCCAAAAAUUACUCAAGUUCUUAGAAUCACCUCUCCAUUGCAGCAAACCACCAUCACCGAAGACCAGGAGGCGAACAGUCGCCGAGUUGGCAGCAGAUGAAGCGCUUGCUGCGGAGGAAGAACGAUUCAUGCUUAUCAUGGAUGAACGUCUUGAACCCAUAGCCUCAGCUGCAGCCGGUGGAAGUAAAGCAGCGGUUGAUGAGGAAUGCGGUGCUGCGCCCUUCGAGCCUAGACUUUCAAGAUUUAAAACUUUGGAAAAUAUUCGCUCUCAGCUGGAAGAGAAAAAUAAACGCGAGCAUGAGCGCAAGCUACAGCAAGAUCGAGCAAAGCGGGAACAGCAAGAGGCUGAGAGAGAGAGGCGCCGCUCUGAAUUCCGCUUGGCAGAAGAUUCGGCCAGAGACGAGCGACGAAAACAAUUGGCUGCACAGCAAGGUCAACCACAGACUCAAGCGCACUUCAUAGCUGCUCAACAGAAUAGACGACCCCCUUCCCAGGGAAACCCUACUGCCGUCGCAGUCGCACAGCCAACACACAUCGCUUCGGUAUCACAGGGGCCUCAAUCUUCCCCCAUUGUGCGGAAUAUCACUCCUCACACGUCAUCGCCAUUGGUGGGGCAUGGUAUGGUUCCUAACAUGAAUCAGGGCAUUUCUAUUAGUAUGACAAGCUCUGCAGAAGCUGCUGGAAGUCCCCUUGCUGUAUCUGCUUCCAUGCAGUCUACCCAUGCAAAUGCUGUUAGCCACCAAAUGGUACCAAGUCGAAGCCAGCAAGCUCAUAGUGCACAUGGAACACCUCAGAUGACCCAGGGAACACCAGCAGUGUCUCAUGCAACUCCAAUUAUGCGAAAUAUUACACCUACCCAGCGCAUGAGCCAUAAUAGCCCUCAUACAACCACUAUGGCUCAAACCCCUGUUAUGGGCCAUGCUAUGAUGGCGCCACAGAUGAACACAAUGAUGAUGACUACACAGCAGCAGCAUGCGAUGAUGCAGCAAAGGCAGGCAAUGCUCGCUCAGCAACAACAAAACAUUGCUACCAACCACCAAUAUAGUCCACAGCAAAUGGCCCAAAUGCACGCUAAUGCCCUUGCGCAACAAAGCAUCCAGCAGGCACAACAGCAGCAACUUUUACAACAACAGCAGCAGCAACAGCAACAGCAACAGCAACAGCAACAGCAGCAGCAGCAACAGCAACAACAGCAAGCAACUCAAGCCCAAGGAGCUCAGCAACAAGUCCUUCAACCCCAGACAUACCAAGCUCAACUAUUUCGCUCACAGCUAGCACAGAUGCAAACACAGUCUGGCCACCCGCAGCAACAGCAGCCACAGCAACAUCUUACCAAUGUACCGCAACUAUCUGCUCAACAACAACAAAUGCUAGCAGCAGCACAACAGUCGGGGCAGCCUGUAAAUAACCCCAACAACCCCAGGAAGCAUCCACUGGCCCAGCAUUAUGGAAAUCUCUAUCAGAACCAUUUGCACCGACUUCGAACUGAGUUUAUGAACAAAUACUCCGCUCAAUACAAUUCCCCAAGUCAAUACCCUCCCACUCUUCGGUCUCAUUUUACGGAAGGUCUUGAGAAAGCUGCGCGCCAUUACGUAAGUGAGGUGAUGAAGAAGGACCGCGAGAACAGUCAAAAGCGUGCUUUUGCUGCGAGCCAGGCUGCCCAGAAUCAAGCCCAAGCCCAAGCCCAAGCACAGGCCCAGGCCCAGGCCCAGGCUCAUGCUCAAGUUCAAGCAUUACAACAGCAGCAACAGCAGCAGCAGCAGCAGCAGCAUAUGAUGGGCAACGGUAUCAGCAGACGCUGA